AUGAACUCUACAACACUGCAGUUUUCAUUUACUUUUUAUUAUUAUGUCAAGUACCUAGGACUAUGCCAUGAUGUUAAUGAUUCAAAUAUGCUUGGGAAACCGUUAGUAUUACCACAGACAAAACACCAGAUACCCAUAAUCUGUUUUGCUCUAAUUGGUUUUAUUCUAAAUGCUAUUUCAUUGUUCGUAUUUUUGUUUGGAGAGGUAGCUGUCAAUUCGCGAUCACAUAAUACAGGACGUCAUCGAUUAAUGGAAAAUGAGAGCACAAAUAUAAGUAUGCGGAUGAGUACAAUCAGUAAAAGCGCACCUCAGACAAAAUCACGUAAUCCAGGACAUACAAGAAGUUCAUUCAUGAUAAGUUUAGUAUUUUUAUGUGUAUGCGAAGUCAUCUUCAAUCUGGGCUUAUUUGUAUUCAAACUGGUCCAAGUGCUAUCACCGAAAUUUGUUCAUCAAACACCGAUUGAUGGAUACAGUCACAUUCCACCUGAUAUGAUUUUGAUUAUAUUACCGGUCAUACAAAAUCUCCUCAUGUUUAUUGCAGAGCUGCUCGUGCUGAAGUUGUUAUCUGGCCACUUGGGUCACGUGCUUGGCAAAGGAUUUUAA